AUGCCGGCCUUUCGCCAGCACUUGGACGCCGUCGCGGCGCAAAUAGACAGCAUAGCUCCUCAUGACGCCAUCCUCACGCCCCGGCAGCCUCUCGUGGACGCGCCUGCCAUCGCUUUCGAUGCGCCCAAGGCAGUACCGCUGGCCAAGCGGCAGAACGUGAUAUACACACAACAAGGCAUAAUACCUACCUACUACGAUCUCUCUGGGCCAGAGCCUGGCACCGUUGUCGGUAUUGUCCUUGGUAGUGUUGCUGGUUUUCUCCUCAUAUGUUGGUUGUUGCAAUCGCUCGUCAAUAGCUCGCGAUCCGCCGGCACUACGACCGCAAUGGCGGGAGAGGAGGAGAUUGUAGUGCGCAGACCACGGCGCAACUCACAUGGUGGUCGGUCAUCACGCCGCCGCUCCGAAGUGCGCGAAGUUAGUAGGAGCCCGCGGACGUCCGGCGCCCGAUCGCAAAUCAUUGUCGAAGAGAGACGGCAGCCGGUAAGGGCAAGGAGCAUCAUUGUGGAAGACAGACAUCGAGUGCCUGGCGACAAUGUAGUCGAGGUUAUCGAAGAACACGAGGACUAUCGUGAGAGAAGAGGAAGCCGAAGAAGUGGCCCUGGCUAUCGGUGA